AUGCAUGAUGUACGGUCGAUUAUCAGCCAGUCCCCACCCGUGGACGUGACUAAGCCCUACGAUGCGGACAACCUCAAGGGCAAGGUCAUCCUCAUCACCGGCGGCGCCAACGGCCUCGGGGCGCACAUGGUCCGGAAGUGGGCGUCGCACGGCGCUCACAUCUUCAUCGGCGACAUUGACGACGCCGCCGGCGAGGCCUUCGUCGCCCAGCUCCGCGCCGAGCACGAGGGCCAGACGUUCCACUACCUCAGGUGCAACGUCAUCGAGUGGGAGGACCAGGUCGGCCUCUUCGACGCCGCCGUCAGGCUCAGCCCCACCAAGGCCAUAGACAUCGUCGUCCCCAACGCCGGCGUCCUCAUCGCCGCCGACACCUGGGCCUUCGAGCACCCGUCGCUCGACGAGUCCGGGGCCCUCUCCCCCCCAAACACCCGCAUCCUCGACAUCAACAUCACCGGCGUCGUCUACACCACCCACCUGGCCCUCUACCACCUCCCCAGGAACGCCGGUCCGGGCCGCGACCGCGCCAUCCUCUUCAUCGGCUCCGUCGCCUCCUUCAUGCCCCUCCCCGGCCAGGCCUUCUACGCCAUGUCCAAGCACGCCGUCAUGGGCCUCUUCCGCUCCCUCCGCGCCACCGCCUUCCCCCGCGGCGUCCGCGUCAACAUGCUGGCCCCCUACUACGUCGCCCAGACCAACAUGCUCGGCCCCGCGCUCGAGGCCGUCCUCAUGAGCGGCACCGCCGGCGCCGCAAAGGUAGAGGACGUCAUCGACGCCGCCACCCGCCUCGUCGCAGACACCUCCGUCAGCGGCAGGUCCCUCGCCGUCGGGCCCAGGCUCAAGACAAGCCCCGAGGGGCUCCCCCCCAUCGAGGAGCACGAGGGCGGCGGGGAGGGCCGGGCCGUCUGGGAGUGCUACACGUACGACUACGACCAGGUGGAGUCGUUCAGGUGGCGGUACAUCCACAUCCUCAACGCGGUCGAGGCCUCGAGGGGCUACCUCGCCUGGCUCAAGGAUAUCAUCGGCAUCUUCUGGAGAAAGUAA